UAUGUACUUGCAGCAAGCCGAACAAGUGCUACGGAACGAGAGACUCUCUUAUUUGAACAACGGUGGCAACCCCAUGAAAGUCUACAAUCCGUGCACGCUCAGACGCCUUUUAUCCGAUACAACUACAUGGCCUUUGGCUCGUCAUUUUGUCCCCGGCACGAAGCACACUCGCCGAACCUUGGAUGCCCACCCGUCCAGAGACUUUUCCACCAUAUACACAUGGAACGCGAAACGACCUGUCGAUAUUCAAGCGAAAAGGGAUGUUAUCAACAAUUUUCACUUCUUACUUAGACGAGAGGUUGGCCGCAACCACGGGUUCGCGAACAGGGACGAUGACUACAUCUCCGUUCGAAGGCUGUUGAACCACUCUCAUUUCCGCUCUCUCGACUUCGUCACCCUCCAGCGUCUCAUAGAUCAUGACCCGAAGCGCCGCAUCCGGCUACGAUUCGAUCCUUCAAAACCCGACGAUUGCUGGUGGAUACACGCGAAAGCAUGGAAGGACAAACACUAUAUCAUGCGGCCUGCUACCCACAGGGACAGGGUGACUCCAGCCGUUUACGAAACGACGUUGCAAGCUUGGAACGACCAUAUAGCUCGGAAUGGAAUCCCUCGGGGUCACGACGAAUACAUCGGGAUCUCGCGGGGCAUUCCGUCUGCUGGCUUUCUCGAAGCGCUACAGCAGCAAGAAGUGGUUUACAUUUUCCUGGACUUUGAGAAAUGCCUGCGGUCGGGCAUCCACUUCCUAAUGCCAGGGGCUACUGUGCAGCAAAGCCUUCGUAAAACACACAUGCUGCUUACCCGCGGCAACGAGAUGGGGUAUAUUCCGCCUAAUCUCUUUUCGUCAGUCGAAUUCGUGACUUUGAAGAAGAAUGUGCUGUGGGGCGAGAAGGAGGACGACGAGGCAUUUGUAUAUCGAGACUGGGAUUAUUUCGAGGACAAGGAGGAUGAGUAUACGUACGAUAAGGAUGGGAGGAGGAAAACAUUGUUGGAGGACCCAGGGGUGAGGGUGGACGGGUUUGUGGACUAUCUGGGGCUUUCCGAGGAUAGCACCCCUCCGUUGAACGUGGAAUUAUUGAAAGAGGCAAGGGAAACUCUGUCGGCGCCACCGUG